AUGGAGUACCUGGAGGCUGAGUUCUUUUUGCGUGGAUCUUUGGGUCAUGGCUUGGACAAGUUUGCUCCAAAUUUAACCUUUGGAGGCCCAAAGCCCAUGGGUGCUAGGAAGGCUAAUCUCGACCCUUUCAUGAGAGAGAUCAUUAAGCAAUUUGGUUUGCAACAUCUAGGACACUUGAGGGUAAUUAACAAAAUAGUAAAGGGAUUUCCAAGGCUAUUGCUAGAUUUGAGUGCAGAAUCAUUUGCUGAAGUAAUAAAUAUGGCAUUCGGGCGGCCAUUAUCACCACCUUUUGAUCCUUAUGCUACUGGACUCAACUUCCUCAUUGCUUCCUACUUCAUCCCUUACGUUGGUCUCACAGGAUUUGUUGGAGCAAACCCAAAACUCCAAGCCUCCCUUUCCAAAAAGAUUGUUGCAGGGCUUCUGGCAGUAGAGGUAGGGCAAGAUGCAGUAAUCCGAGCAUUUCUAAAUGAGAGGGCGAUGGAGAAGGUGGAGCCAUAUGGGACAACGGUGGGAGAAUUCACAGGUCGCCUUUCGGAGCUAAGGAAUAAGCUAGGACAUGCAGGCCUAAAAGAUAAAGGGCUGCAGAUAGGUGAAUUUUUGUAUGGAGGUGGUGAUGAGCACGUUCCUGGAGGUUUCUUCCCCUGGACUAAUGGUCGCAUUGCCAGAUUUCGUAUGCACCUGCACUGCGAUGCUUGA